AACGGAAACACCUUCAAUGGAAAACAUUUAUUUACAUAUCAAAAACGUCACCAGUUAAUACAACUUUGGCCUAUUUUUUUUAAUAUUUAUAUAUAGGUCUAGAUCGAGAUUUUACAUAGGACUGUAGAACUAACUAAAUCUAGAGAAAACCGGAAUCCUGCCCUAAAAAAUGGGUAAAUCUAGUAGUAGCAGCUCAUCCAGUGGCUCAUCAGAUGAUGAAUGGCGUCAUUUGCCUAAACAUGAAAAGAAGUUGAGAAAGAAGUGGAAGAAACAUCACAAAAGAGGUAUGAUACCACAUGGAGUAAUGCCACCUUGGAUGGGUGGACCUGCUUGGUGCCCACCUCGUGGCAAACAUGGCAAACACGGGCAUGGACAUGGCGCAUAUCCAGCUGGAGGUCAUGGUGCCUACCCACCAGGUGGUGUGCAUGGUGGGUACCCUGCACAUGUGCCCCCUGCUGGUGGACAUUACCCUCCUGCAGGCCAGUACCCAGGAAAUCCUGCCUACCCCCCAGCCCAGCCAGGCUAUCCAGGAUAUGGUGGAGUUCCACCACCAGGCCAGUACCCUGGAGGAUAUGUACCACCUCCUGCUCAGUACCCUGCAGGGGGAGCACCUUAUGGGCAUGCUGGAGCUCCUUCAGGUCCUUUCCAAGCACCACCAGGCGGAGGCUAUCCUCAAGGAGGCGGUUAUCCCCAGGGAGGUGGCUAUCCCCCACAGCCCUAUCGUUAGGUGUUGAUCUGAGGGCCAUUGCCAGUGAAAGCCUAAGGGAUGUCUGGAUGUAAAACAUUUACUUCUAUGCAUUCAAUUUUUCAAAUUAUUUACUGUAGAAUUAUAUAUUUUACAUCUACCCCAUAUGUUUUGUUUUAAAAAAUAUGAAUUAUUUUUUUUUACAAGAGAAUGUUUCAAUUUAUGAGUCCAAAAUUGUGUAUUAAGUUGCUAUUUCUUAAUAUUCUGCUUCUAUGUGUAAAUGACAAUUUUUAUUAUUAUAUUUUUUUAUUUUUCAGAAUAAACUGCUUUAUGUAUAUUUAAAUAUUGGAUGUAAAUUUUUUUUCUUGUUGGUGUCUUUUGUCUGGUUAUGUUUCUAAAUCAACUUUCACAGUAUUUUUGUUUGUUUGUUACCUAAGAAAUUAUAUCUUUUUGAAUAAAAGCUUGUGAAUUAUUAUCAGCCUCAAAUGACUUUUUAAAACAACUUUUUGAGACUUUUUUUUUUUAUUUACCAUACUGUGAUAUAUAAACUAGUGUUAUCCUAUAGUUAUCAUCUAAAGCCUUGAACAUUUUUGUAUGAAUGAUGUUUCUUUUUAUAGGGUAAUCUAUAUUAUUGUUAUAUUUAAAUAAUAAAUCUUAUUAAAUUAGAA